AUGGUAAACAACUUAGCCAAUAACAAGAGCAUACAUAUUCUGAAAGCUGCGGAACAAGGUGGUUAUGGAGUGCCAGGAGUUGUGUCGUACAAUUUGGAGACCAUCGUUGCAGUGGUUCGAGCGGCGGAGCGCAGGCGCUCACCUGCUCAAAUCCUUCUAUUUCCAUGGGCGAUGACCUACGCCAAUGGCCUUCUCGUCAAUCUUGCAGCUGAUGCGUGCAAUUCAGCAUCUGUCCCCAUUUCUCUACACCUGGACCAUGCACAAGAUGAGGCCAGCAUCAAACGCGCAGCUAGCAUGCCCUUUGACUCAAUCAUGGUAGAUAUGUCGCAUUACGGGAAGGAGGAAAACCUACAGCGGACUGCUGAGCUGGUUCAACAUUGCCAUGAGCAGGGCAUUGCGACUGAAGCGGAGCCCGGUAGGAUCAAUGGUGGAGAAGACGGUGUCAAGGAUACAGCAGACUUGGAAGGCAUAUUGACGACACCAGAGGAAGCCAUGCAGUUCAUUGAUACGGGCAUUGAUUUUCUGGCGCCAGCGUUUGGGAAUGUGCACGGAAAAUAUGGCGGAAUCGAAAACAUCAAAUUGGAUUUGCCGAGACUUGACAGUGUACGCAAGGCGAGCCAGGGCAAAGUGCAGCUUGUGAUGCAUGGAACGAAUGAGUUUACCGAGGACAUUCUACGUACCUGUGUCCAACAUGGCAUGACCAGGCUAAACGUGAACGACCUUGUGCUGUGGCGAUACAAUCAAUAUGUCAAGGAAAACGCUGGCAAGGUGCCUUUGACUGAAUUGAUGGAGCAGGGAACGCAAUUGAUUCAGGAGCGCCUGGAGUGGAUGAUGGAUGUGAUCGGCUCGAGUGGGAAGGCUCAAUGA